GUUUAUGGGCAGCAGAUGUCGCUGUUUCUCUAUGAUCUUUGCUUUCUGAUUUUCAGCAGGAACUGACGUUUGUGUCUACGACUACACGAGCAAAUUUUCCAGCUGCCUGGAGCAGAAUGUCCAGCAGCGUCAGAGAUCCGCGAGUCUGAAGGACCCUGUAAAGAAUUGGUCGGAACCUAGCUGUACCCAUCUCCCCAUGUACAUUGCAAGGCAAAGCUGACACCAUGGCCCACAUAUCUAGUGGCAAUGGGUUCAAGGUUGACAGGCCGGCCUCCCCGGGGAUGGUACGGCCCAAAGGGAUUGUGGGAAAGGAGGAGGCUUUGCGAAUGGAGGCUGAGGCCUUAGCUAAACUUCAGCGUGAGAAAAGGCACACACUUCAAGCCUCAACGCCUUCCGCUAAUCCCCUUUCCAAUCCCACUGCGCAAACAUCCACUAGCCGGCAAGAGAAAGACCUAAUUUUCUUCCCUGAAUCCGAAACACAAAAAAACAAAGAAAAAGACAAGUUUGGGGACAUCGAUUUAGAGAAGAUGACCAAGGAGGAGCUGGAAAAGCUGCUUCUGGAUGACAGUUUUGGCGUAAACAAAGUGACAAGACCUUCUUCCCUGCUAGGUUGCAAUCUCAGUGCAUCGUAUCCUGGAGGACAUGCAUUAAAUUCUGCUCCAUUCCACUGGACACCUAACUCUGCCCUACCUACCCCAACACACGCACAGACUUCCAUUUUUCCCUCUGUUCCCUUCCCAAAGCCUCCAUGCUCUUUCCAGAAUGGUUUUAGUCCAGCUAUUUCUCCCUUUAUUAGUCUCCCUGCCCAUACAAGCCCUUUCCUCUCCUUUACACCCAUCCAGCCACCUGCUGCUUUGGUUUACUCGCAGCCGGCCGUCACCCCAGAGAUGGCCAAGCUGUUUGACAAGAUUGCCAGCACUUCUGAAUACUUGAAGAAUGGCAGGUCUUCCAGCAUGGAUGUUGACUCGGAAACUGCCAAGUCCCUGGAGCCUGUGCCUCAGCCCUUAGAAACUCCCAACUUCAGUCGAUUUGACUGGUUAGACUUGGACCCUCUCAACAAGCGCAAGGUGGAGAUAGACGAGACACCCAAUGCAUCAGGCAGUCCUGUCUUGGAGGAGUCUGGCACUGCAAAGGACCCAUGGGAUGCAGUUCUUCAGGAUGAACCUGAGGUUAUGGAUAGUAGCAGUCCUCCAGCGCAGGUGAAGGGCAAGGAUAAUUUAGCAUCUCAGCCCAGAAGAGCAUCAAUAGGGUCGGCCGUAACUAGAAGCCAUUCCGUCAACAUACCUGCAACCUCAACGUCUCGCAUCCCAGGCAAACAGGUCAAUAAGGGAAGUGCAAAUGUACUCUCAAAGUACUCUGUCUUAAAGGGAAAGGAAGCCCAGAACCUGGAGGUCGUAGCGUUUUGUGAAGACAUUUCAAAGCUAAAGUCAAAGUUUCCUCAUGAUGACCUCUCUACCAAUCCUGGCUAUGUUCUCAGCCCUGUGAUCAGUCAAAGAGAUGCAGGAGGCGACAAUGGGGGCAGUGUGAAAGUGUCCAUUGAGACUUCUGAUUCUCAACAGCCUGUAACUUUCACUUGUGAUGUGAGUUCUCCAGUAGACCUGCUUAUUAUGCAGGCUUUGUGUUGGGUCCAUGAUGACCUGAACCAGGUGGACAUCAGCAGCUAUGUUCUCAAGGUCUGCGGGCAGGACGAGGUUCUACAGAAUAAACACAGUUUGGGCAGCCACGAGUAUGUGCAGAACUGCAGAAAGUGGGAGACGGAGAUCAAACUUCAGCUCCUUUUCCUUAGUACAAUGAGAAGAGAUUUAGCAAGAACGGGAGAAGACGAUGCCUCCCCUAUAGACGUGGAGAAAUAUCUCGGCCUGGUGGAGAGGCCGUUUAAAGAGACAAUCACGAGAGAGGGACUUGCUGAAUACAUUGAGGCCUAUCAUAAGCAAGUCAAUAUCUGCCUUCAGAGUGAGAGCACACAGUAUAAAACAGUGGACCUUGUGGUUCAGUCUGUUAAAAGUCUAUGCUGUGCUUUGGGUGAAAUCGAGACACCGGCCAUCACUGAUGCCAUCAAGAGACUCAAGCGCUCUGUAAAUCUCCCUCGAACACGUUCUCCAGAGGCUGGUGCCGCAGGAUCUGCUUCUACAUCUUCAGCUAAUGGUUAUGCAAGCCCAGUGGAGGAGAGUUUAGCAGCGCUCACAGACGCUAUAUAUGACCUCGCUAAGCUCUACCUGCGCUCUUUCUGCCCGAUUACCCCCACUUGCACUAUGGAAGAGAACAUGGAGGGUGAGAGGGACAGCAGAGAGGCGUCUGGCACCACAGAGCACCUACAGUUCACCCUGUUUGCUGUGCAUGGCAUUCCUGCAGCCUGGGUCAGCAGUUUUGAAAAAUACUACCUGAUGUGUGCCCCGACACACAACGGCAAGAACCUCUUCAAGCCUGUCCAGUCCAAAAAAGUAGGAACAUACAAGAGUUUCUUCUACCACAUCAAAUGGGACGAAUUGAUAAACUUCCCUAUUUCGGUGGCUCUGUUACCACUGGAAGCCAUGUUGAGUCUUUCUCUCUAUGGGGUCCCCAACCAGAACGCCAACAACUCACCAGAUGUCAACAAGCAACGAAAGGGUCCGGAGUUUUUGGGAAAAGUGUCCAUGCCUCUGUUUGAUUUCAGGCGGGUUCUGUCAAGAGGCACAGUGCUGCUGAGUUUGUGGACAUCACCUCAAAACCUUCAGCCCGGAGCUGCAGGCAAAGUGAAGAAUCUUACAGAGAGGAUCAUACUGCAGGUUGACUUCCCGAGUCCAGCAGUGGACGUGCUUUAUGUUGGUCCUCAGGAGAAUGGCUGCCCAGAUCCACAGUCUCUAGAGUCACUAGAUCCAGGAGAUCGGAGAGAGAUAGAGAAGCUAUGUGGAAUAGCAUCUGCUUUCGGGCUGACACGAGCAGACAAGCAGCUGCUGUGGGACCAGAGGUAUCAUUGCCGAGACUAUGAAUAUAGCCUACCCAAAAUCUUGGCCAGUGCACCCAGCUGGGACUGGGGCAGUAUGGGAGAGAUCCACUCGCUUCUCCAUAACUGGCCCCCUCUGUCUCCUGUUUCAGCCCUGGAGCUCCUUGAAUCAAAGUUUGCUGACACAGAAGUGAGAAAGGUCGCUGUGAGCUGGAUCGAGAGCAGCAGUGACGAUGAGUUGGCUGACUAUCUUCCUCAGCUGGUGCAGGCGGUGAAGUUCGAAAGUCGUCUCAACAGUGCCUUGGUUAUGUUUCUGUUGUCACGAGCUCUGGGAAAUAUUAACAUUGCACAUUAUCUCUACUGGCUGCUGAGGGAUGCUGUACAGGACCCAGCGUUUGGUCAGCGUUACGACCGUAUCCUGGGUGUGCUGCUGUGUCUUUGCGGGGCUGGGCUGAGAGCUGAACUUGAAAAGCAGACCAAGCUUGUGCAGCUUCUGGGUGCCCUGGCUGAAAAAGUGAGACAGGCGAGCAGCUCUACACGACAGGUGGUGUUGCUGGAGGGUCUAGAGAGGGUGCAGUCAUUCUUCCAGAAAAACAACUGUCGACUGCCUAUUAGUCCCAGCCUUGUGGCAAAAGAACUUAAUAUAAAGGCUUGUUCCUUCUUCAAUUCCAACGCUGUACCUCUAAAGAUCGCACUGGUGAAUGCAGACCCACUGGGAGAUGAGAUUAAUGUCAUGUUUAAGGUUGGAGAGGACUUGAGACAGGACAUGCUGGCUCUGCAGAUGAUCCGGAUUAUGGAUCGGAUCUGGCUGCAAGAGGGAUUGGACCUGCGCAUUGUGAACUUCAAAUGCAUCUCCACUGGUAAAGACAAAGGAAUGGUGGAAUUAGUGCCGUCUUCAGAAACGCUUAGGAAGAUUCAAGUGGAGUAUGGAGUGACCGGUUCCUUCAAAGACAAACCUUUGGCCGAGUGGCUACGCAAGUACAACCCUGCAGAGGAUGAAUAUGAGAAGGCUUCAGAGAAUUUCAUCUAUACCUGUGCAGGAUGCUGUGUUGCCACCUAUAUCCUGGGCAUUUGUGACCGCCACAAUGACAACAUCAUGUUGCGCUCCACUGGCCACAUGUUUCACAUAGACUUUGGCAAGUUCCUGGGUCACGCACAAAUGAUCGGGAGUUUCAAAAGGGACCGCGCACCAUUUGUCUUAACCUCUGAUAUGGCUUACGUCAUCAAUGGAGGCGAGAGACCCACAAGCCGCUUCCAGCUCUUUGUUGACCUUUGCUCACAAGCUUACAACCUGAUUCGCAAACACUCCAACCUUUUCCUCAACCUGCUGUCUCUGAUGACACAGUCAGGUUUACCCGAGUUGACUGGAGUACAAGAUCUUAAAUAUGUUUAUGAUGCUCUUCAACCUCAGACCACAGAUGCAGAGGCAACCAUUUUCUUCACCAGGUUGAUUGAAUCCAGCCUGGGCAGUGUGGCCACAAAGUUCAAUUUCUUCAUACAUAAUUUGGCCCAGAUGCGUUUCUCUGGCCUUCCCUCCAAUGACGAGCCCAUCUUGUCCUUUGCACCCCGCACAUACACCUUAAAGCAGGACGGCCGAAUCCAAGAUGCCUCCAUAUUUUCAUAUCAAAAGAGAUACAACCCUGACAAGCAUUAUACGUAUGUAAUUCGGCUCCUAAGGGAAGGUCAAAGUGAACCACAGUUUGUCUUCCGCACCUUUGAUGAGUUUCAGGAACUGCACAACAAGCUGUCCAUUCUCUUCCCUCUGUGGAAACUACCAGGAUUUCCCAGUAAAAUGGUCUUGGGUCGCACACACAUCAAGGAAGUAGCAUCCAAAAGGAAGGUGGAAUUAAGCAGCUAUGUACACAAUCUGAUGAGGAGUUCAACAGAGGUCGCUCAGUGUGAUCUUAUCUACACGUUUUUCCACCCUAUUGCAAGAGAUGACAAGUCGGAAGGGAUUGACGGAUUCAAAAUUCCAGAGAUGACCCCAGUGAGUCCCACCAAUGGCCGAGUGGAGGGUGAAGUGAAACUCUCAGUGUCCUAUAGAAACAGCACACUCUUUAUCAUGGUCAUGCACAUUAAAGACCUGAUAUCAAAUGAUGGAGCAGAUCCAAACCCUUACGUAAAAACAUACCUCCUCCCAGACCCUCACAAAACUUCCAAACGCAAGACAAAGAUUGCUAGGAAGACUAGAAACCCCACGUUUAAUGAAAUGCUGGUGUACAGUGGCUACAGUAAGGAAACCUUGAAACAAAGAGAACUUCAACUGAGCGUGCUCAGUGCCGAGUCUCUGCGAGAGAACUGCUUUUUGGGUGGCAUCACCCUUAGCAUUAAGGACUUUGACCUGAGCAGAGAGACUGUCAAAUGGUAUAAGCUCACCACGGUGCCCUACUUCUAGAUCCAACAACCACCAUUCCCUACCAGUCUUCCACGAAGGGUGAUGUGACUAGAACAAGUGCCCUUACAGGACCACUCAGAUCCAAGCUCCUUUCUCUCUUAUGACACUAAACAAGGUUACUGUUUGCUGAAAGAAGCAAUCUUCUUAACUUUGUAUGUGAAGAAGAAAUCUGCAUUUGUGUUAUGUACAUUUGGAACAUAAGAGGACCAAAACGGCUCACUUAAAGAAGAGAUUAUAUAUUAUUAUAUAAAUAUAUAUAGAGAGAUCGACCUGUAUUUUUAAAAUGGCUGAUUUUUACACCUUCCUUUUCUACAUAAGCAUAUAUAAAACAUAGCCUGUAAGAUUUCGAGGUAUCUAGUAAGCACAGCAGAUUUCACUGUGGUUUUUAUAAUGUGCCAAAUGAACUGAAUCAAUAUGAGACCACUCCUCUGUAGGAAACAAUGGCACACUUCACAUGCUACUUUCACUUUGGCUAGUCUGUACGUUUGUGGUGUAAAUGACUAAAAAACCCUGCUUUGUACAAAAAUUGUCAAAUGUUGUGAUGUCACUUCUAAUGACGGUCUUAGCAUCAGGGGACUCUGAAUUUAAGAUUUGUAUAAUGAACCCUGUUAAGAAGGGAUUGCACCUGUGGCUAAAUCUACUGGUAGAGCUCAGCUGCAUGUUAAUCUAUGAGUUCACCUGGAGGCAUUUUUAAAAUGAUGUCAGAUUGUCAUCACUCACUCCGCAAAUAGAGAUUUGCCUUUAUGACUGUUAAGAAAUACAUUUUGAAUGAAUAUUAACAUGGCCAGUUAUUUAUUAUUGGUUACCUCUAACUUGACCAAAUCAAUGAUUUCUCUCUCUCACCUAAGGCAAAUUAAAUGUUUUUGACCAUC